UCCGGAAACAUAAUAGAAGUAGAUUGCCAGACUGGGAGGACACCGAGAAGUUAAAAAGCGCGUUAGUUGUUUGAAUCAAGAAGAAACUCGGCGACCACCUGUCGACAUGGCUGACAGCAGAGACAAAGCAAGUGAUCAAAUGAAGCUAUGGCAGCAGGCUCGAAGCUCCCAGAAAGCAGAGCCGCUGACCACAGGCAGCGGCAUUCCCAUCGGAGACAAGCUGAACCUGCAGACAGCCGGACCGAGGGGCCCCCUCCUGGUCCAGGAUGUGGUCUUCACCGACGAGAUGGCCCACUUCGACCGUGAGCGUAUCCCCGAGCGUGUGGUGCACGCCAAAGGGGCAGGAGCGUUUGGCUACUUUGAGGUGACUCACGACAUUAGCCGCUACUGCAAGGCCAAAGUCUUUGAGCAUGUCGGCAAAGUGACACCCAUCGCUGUCCGCUUCUCCACUGUGGCGGGAGAGUCCGGCUCAGCAGACACCGUGCGAGACCCUCGAGGCUUUGCCGUCAAGUUUUACACAGAUGAGGGCAACUGGGACCUGACAGGCAACAACACGCCCGUUUUUUUCAUCAGGGACGCCAUGCUGUUCCCGUCCUUCAUCCACACGCAGAAGCGCAACCCUCAGACGCACAUGAAGGACCCAGAUAUGGUGUGGGACUUCUUCAGCCUGAGGCCCGAGUGUCUGCACCAGGUGUCCUUCCUGUUCAGCGAUCGGGGUUUGCCGGACGGCUUCCGCCACAUGAAUGGCUACGGCUCGCACACCUUCAAGCUGGUCAACGCUGUUGGAGAGCCCGUGUACUGCAAGUUCCACUACAAGACGGACCAGGGCAUCAAGAACAUGUCCAUAGAGGAGGCAGACCGCCUAGUCGCCUCCAACCCAGACUACGCCAUCGGAGAGCUCUUCAACAACAUCGCCAAUGGCAACUUCCCCUCUUGGACUUUCUACAUCCAGGUCAUGACCUUCGAGCAGGCCGAGAACUUCCGCUUCAACCCCUUCGACCUCACCAAGGUGUGGCCGCAUCGGGAAUACCCGCUGAUCCCGGUGGGCAAAAUGGUCCUGAACAGGAACCCGCUCAACUACUUUGCCGAGGUGGAGCAGAUAGCUUUCGACCCCAGCAACAUGCCGCCGGGCAUCGAGGCCAGCCCCGACAAGAUGCUGCAGGGUCGCCUCUUCGCCUACCCGGAUACUCAUCGGCACCGGCUGGGGGCCAACUACCUGCACAUCCCUGUGAACUGCCCCUACAGGGCCCGAGUGGCCAACUACCAGCGUGACGGCCCCAUGUGCUUCACCGACAACCACGCUGCCGCUCCAAACUACCACCCCAACAGCUUCAGCACACCGGAUACUCAGCCUCAUUUUACGGAGACGUCUUUCAAGGUGUCCCCCGACGUGGCGCGCUACAACAGCCACGAUGAAGACAACGUCACCCAGGUUCGCGCCUUCUUCACUCAGGUGCUGAACGAAGAGGAGCGUCAGAGGCUUUGUCAGAACAUGGCGAGCUCCCUGAAGGGGGCGCAGCUCUUCAUCCAAAAGCGCAUGGUGGAGAACUUGAAAGCCGUCCAUCCAGAUUAUGCAAACGGGGUUCAGAACUUUCUCAACAAGUACAACGCGGAAGCCCAGAAGAACGCUAUUCAUGUGUACAGCCGUCCCGAAGUGUCAGCCGUCGCCGCUGCAUCCAAGAUUUGAACGCACGCACGUCCACCGGAAGCGCGUUUCCGUCCUGCAGUCAUAGUAAAAGCCGCAAGAAACAACAAAUUGCAAACCAACCAUAUGCUAGCAAGACUUUGAAGACGUCAUCUCAAAAAUAAUGACAGUAAUCUGCCAGUUUUCAGAUUUGGAAGAAAAUCUUCCCAUUUUCAUUAUGUUGGAUCUGUGCCUCAAUGAACAGGAAUGAUUGUUGUUGAUUUGUGCCAACGGUGCUAACGUUAGUGAACGCAUAACGCCAUAUCUGCAAUAAGCACCGCCGUUUUACAGGAAGCAACCUGUGUGAGAAAAUGCUGUGAAGAAAUAUCCUCGUAGGAAAAGUAACAAUUUUUCUGAUGUUUUCUUUUGAUUUCACACCCGACUUAACUGCUGCUCCUUUGCUGGAAAAUGCUUCAUUGAUCAAUGCGUUCACAAUUACAGCACAGUGCCUUGUGCGUGUGUCCGUGUCGCAAUUACAUUUCCAAGUGUUAGACAGGUUAAAGAGGAAGUCAACCCCAAAUCUUUACGUGCCCCCCAUUAGUCUAAGCACAGCAUUAUGAUUAAAACAGCAAUUUUCUGAAGCUGAGCUGUGACUGGUUGGGACUUUAGCCCUGGCAACUGUGAAUGUCAUUUCCAGUUGACGGCAAGUGGCGAAAUGGCCGCUUGGAUUGUUAGACUGUUUCAUUCAUAUUCCACAAACAAAAUGUUCAUCAGAACACUGAUUUUCCAGUCGUGGGGUUGCACAGAACAUAAUAUGGAGUUGACUUCGCCUUUAAAAAAAUUGGGUCAUUUUGUGUGUAUUCGUAAAGUCGCCUAAUUAAAACUCCUAGGUUGUGAUAUAACAUUGCUUUGGUUAAUAAAACGCUUAGCAGCAA